UAACGCAUGAGAGAAUGGAAAUAAGAAAGCUGACAUCAGUGCCCAUUGUGACAAUUCUAACAUGCAUCACAGUGAGCGUCAUAAAGCUAUACCCAUUACCACCCUCGGGGAGGGUUGUGCAGCCUGGCUGAAGGCGACAGCUCAGCCAACGGUGGUCCGGGAGAAGGAGUAAAAUAUGGAUCCCGAAGACCAGAUAAGGAGGGAUUUUGACGACCUAGUGAGCCGGGGAAGAAACAGAACCUGUAAGAGACGUCGGGAUCAACAAAAUGACCCAUAUUUCGUUGACAUAGAUUUUGUGGAAGAUGGGACUGGUGGCGGGGGCGCUGCAGCGGCACCAAUACCUCAGGAUGAAGAGUAUUGGACUUCAAGUUUCAUGGAAGACCCGAAUGUGAUAGCACAACCACCAGCACCACCGGCAGCUCCACCUGUUUGUCAGGCUGUACCACCACCACCACCACCACCUGUUUGUCCACAUGUACCACCACCACUUGUUUGUCAGGCUGUACCACCACCACCACCUGUUUGUCCACAUGUACCCAACACCUCUGUUUGUCCACAUGUACCACCAUCAGCAACACCUGCUCCACCUGUUUGUCCACAUGUACCACCACCACCACCACCACUGCCACCUGCUCCACCUGUUUAUCAGCAUGUACCACCACCACCUGCUCCACCGAUUUUUCAACAUGUACCUCCACCUGCACCUGCACCACCUGUUUGUCCACCUGCACCUGCACCACCUGUUUGUCUGCCUGCACCACUGCCAACUGUGGAUCCGCCAGAUGUUUGUCUACCUGCAACUGCACCACCUCAAGUCUGCGCCCCACCAAUUGUCAAUGCAAUGCAGAAUGGUUCUGAUGGAGCAGGUGCAGCUGGGCCUCCAUGUAUGCCAGUAGUUCGUAGAAAAGAACGUGCACCUUCAGCCUUGAAAAAUGUUCGAGUUGCAUCUGCAAUACAGUCAAUCACAGAACGUGCACCUGCAGCCUUAAGUAAUCGAAUUGCAUCUGCAGUACCAUCAGGCAUAGCACCAAAACGGCAGAAAACCACUUGCUUAAGAAGAAAUGUAUCUGCACAUGGUCCACCUCAGCAAAGACCAAAAAAGAUUCAACGAUCCCUUAAUUUUGAUAUUCCUUGUGGUGCUCCUGGUGGCAGCAGAGUUCCAGACAACCCCGCAGGUGACAGAGCUGCUUCUGGAAGACGGAAUGAUGUUCAGGCUGUGGCAGUGCAUGAACGUGCAAAAGAAAAAGAAUCUGCUCAUCACAUUCUUGGAGAAAUUGCUUUCCAGCUGGAUCGUCGAAUUUUGACUCAUGUUUUCACUGAUCAGUUCCGAUUGUAUGGAUUCAGAGUAUCUGAUAUCAGUGAAAAGAUCACAGAGGUUGCAGGAAUAAGUGGGCGAUGUGAUGAGAUGAAUGCUCGAAGUACUGAGAUAAUGAACAAUCUGAGAAACUUUGGGUACUGCCCUGACAAUCAUGCAACAUUUGCAGAAUUCAUAGUAAACCGUUUUGGAAUCCUGAAGGAAAAGCCACAGGGCCAAACAACAUUAGAAAAUUACAAUAAUCGUGCCUAUCUGCAAAAGUUGGUAACUGAUAACACUCCACCACCUUUAUUGAAGGACAUGUUAGUGCUAUUGACCAGUCUGUGGAACUUGUCAGCAGCUGACGGAAAACCAAUGUUUAUUUGGUAACUGUCCUUAGAGCAGGGUAUAGAACUACCACACCUUAGUUCUUUCAAUAAAGCAAUGGUAA